AGUCAGUCACCCACCAAUAAUUCACCAGUCUGGACUGAAGCUGGAACCGCCCGCCUCCUGUCUACUUCUUCCUCCCCACCUCUCUCUCGUUCUCUCUCUCUCUCUCUCUGCUCAGAGCCCUUAAAGCUUAAACCCUAACGGAGCAACAUUUGUAGCAGAGUAAAGAAAACCCACAACUUUCACAUUAUGCUACCGUUUCUUUGGCUUUCCUUUCUCUCGUUAAUCUCCUAUACUUCAAUCCCGAUCUCUAGUGCGGAAGACUCGUCGUUGUCGUCGUCGAUAUAUGAAGUCUUGCGGGAACAUGGGCUCCCCAUGGGCCUGCUUCCCAAGGGAGUGAGAGAGUUCGACAUCGACGACACCGGGCGGUUUCAUGCCCACUUCGAUCAGGCCUGCAACGCCAAGUUCGAGAGCCAGUUGCAUUACGACCGGAACGUUUCGGGCACUCUAAGCUACGGUCAGAUCGGUGCCUUGUCCGGUAUUUCUGCACAGGAGUUGUUUCUUUGGUUCCCGGUGAAGGGAAUCCGAGUGGAUAUACCCAGCUCCGGAUUGAUUUACUUCGACGUCGGCGUGGUUUACAAGCAAUUCUCUUUGUCGCUCUUCGAAACGCCGCCGGAUUGUAUGGCGAAGUGGACGGUGGACCACGCUCAGCUUCCCGAUGGUAGCGGUUUUAUUGUAGCUGACGCAAUGCCCAAGAGUCAAUCUGGGAAGCUACGAUAUCAGCUUGAUCGGGACGGUUCUGGGAGGGAUUUUGAGUAGAUUGUGACGGAGAGGGUGUCUAAGUUAUGCGGUAGUUCAAUCAAUCGGCUCAUGGGUUCUUCCAUUCCCCCUGUAAAUCUCGUCGGAGAAUAUGGAUGUGGGUUCUAUGCUUCCAUCCAAUGUGCUUGCUUGCAUUUUUUUAUUCCAUAUAGUGCAGAGUCGACAAACUAGUCAGGCCAGCUCCUAUCUGUGAGAGGAUCGUUGAUGAAUUGAGAGGGAAAUAAACAAGGCUGGAUGGCAUAAUCAGUAAUCACAUUGGCGUUUUCUUCUGUAGAAGAUAAAAUGAGGCAUGGCCAUCUAGUGGAGAAAAAUUCAGGUGAUGAAUCUGCAAUUAGUUUAUGUUCAAGUUAAUUGUACCAUGAGUAUAACAUGGGUGUUGUAUCGAGUCUGUUAUUUUAUUUCUUUUCUGUAAUAUAAUUUUUAAUUAUGUGAAACUAGUUCAUGAGAUAAAAUAAUAAAGAAUGAAAAGCUUUGUUGGCUUUA